GGCCCCGGUCGACUUCGACGCUUCGACGCCCCUGAAGCCAACCGAAAGCCCCGUCCUUUGCCCUCAAGCAUGACACCUCCCCUGGUUGCCCUCUAUGCCCUUGGCUCGGCUGGUGAUGUUCUCCCGAUGAUCGCUCUGGGUCGUGCCCUACAAAUCCGGCGUGGCUACCGAGUCCGAGUGAUCGCAACCGAGAAAUGGCGACAGCGCAUCUCCGAGGAAGGGCUCGAGUAUUUUGAUCACCAGGGCGAGCCAAUCAUGUGUACGAGCGACGGAUACGACCCCAACGAAGUUGAGUCACUCGUUGCCAACAGAGGAACCGUGGACGGCUUCAGGGCCCUCAUGAGGGCAUCCGUCCCCAUCCUCGAGUUCCUGUACAAAACGGCUGACCGACAUCUCGACGGAGUCAGCCUCGCCAUUCUGAUUCACGUCAGCAUUCUGCUGCAGGACGAUUGCCAGAAGCGAUCCAUACCCUUCAUUUCGUGCCAUUUCCAGCCAGGCCGAGCCACCCAGGAUUAUCCUCCGCCGUUUCUGGGCCAAUGCUACGAUCCCGUUGAUCUGCAAGCGACCGCAACCAAUAUGAUCAGCUGGGGGAUGAGCGGUCUCCAGGCACUCUCCAUUUUCUCGCGAAUGCGCCAGGAACGCCGUGUUGCCAUCGGCCUGCGUCGGUCGCUGCUGCCUCCAUCGAUGACGGUAUACUAUGACCUCGCCGUAGCCAUCUUUGAGCAUCGCAGGACCGAGGCAGCGAUGCCGUAUCUGUGUACUUUUAGCACCGCUCUCCUACCGAUUCCGUCGGAUGUCCAGAUGCACGAUUGCUUUGUCCAAACUGGCCCGCUGUUGCUGGAUCAUGAACAAUGCGCCAAACCCUUUUCUCCACCAAAGGAUCUGGAGUCGUUCCUUGCUACCGGCACCAUCGUUUAUUUCGGAUACGGCUCACUCCAGAAGAUCGGCCCAUCCUCAACCAAGGAAAUCGAUCAUAUGUCCGCCUGGCUCGACACCAUCCAAGAACUCGAGUUUCUGGGUGUCAAGGUCAAAGCCAUCUUUUCGUUUUCCUGGGGGCACGACGACGUCACGCUGGACUCGGCGAGCACCAAGUACGUCGCGCUGCGCCAUCGUCUCGACGAACUGAUCAAGGAGAAGCGGGUGUAUCGGCUGCUGGGGUCCUUCCCACACACCUUCUUGUUUCCUCGAUGCCACGUCGCCGUCCACCACGGCGGCGCCGGGACCUUCCAGGCUGCAGCCAAGUACGCCUUGCCUUCGGUUAUCGUGCCUCAUUUCAUGGACCAGCCAUUUAUGGCCUCGGUUGCAAAGCACCACGGCAUCGCCACAGUCAUUGACCUGGAUGAAUUUUCGACGCACCGCUUGGUGGAGGGCCUGAAGGAUAUCCUUGUUGAUCGCCCCGAUUUCUACGAGGAGAAUUGCGAUUGGAUUGCAAGUGAGAUGGCGCGAGAGGAUCCCAUGAGCAGCGCCGUUGAGUUGGUGGAGAAAGUUCUUGCCAAAUAGCAGCUUCAUCAGUCGAUCGACGGAGCAAAAGCUGAGCGCAAAUGACUGGACGGCGCACUUUGGCUGUGCUUCGAUCGAGCAUGCCGCAAGAGAUUCUGGGUAGUUGCAGGGAAGAGAAAGGAGUAAUGGCGACAAGUGCCGCCGAGGGGCUCAAGUAGUCCUGGAACCAAUUUAUCGCUGUAUUAGGGUGUUGUCUGCAAUCUUCUAUGACUUUUGGAUUUAGUACCAGCGAAUGCAAACGCUUCGGCUGUAAUACAAAUAAUGGCUAUGAAGAA